CGCGGAGAGCCACGAAAGGAGAUUUGGGAAAACCACCUCAGAAGUCGGGAGAGGAAGUCGCCUUGUUUCCAAACGAGUGUGUCUCUCGUGACCAUGAGAGAAGAUACCGGCGCGCGAGGCUAAGCCGAACGGCCUGAUCCAAAUUGGCAGGUGUGCUCACGUGCAUUUUUAUUUAAAAAAAAAAAAAACGCCAGCCCCGGCCAGCUGCUGUCAGCCUGAAAAUGGACACUCACACCACGGCUAGCUGGCUCCGCGGCUAGCUAGCGGCGGCCGGGAGCAAAUGAAGCAGAAGUCGCGCACUGACGCACGUGCCCCGUGCGAGAACACAAACAAACAAGCAAACAAACAUCCGCCGAUAAGCGCCAGACAGUGGUUGAGGCGUGCUCUUUUAGAUGCGGUAGCCAUGGCUUCUCUCAAGGUGGAGGACCUACCGAACGACGCCAGGGAUUUACCUUCAGGCGCUAAUCGGCCCUCCAGAUGUGGUCCUGAUGUUGUCACGGAGGAGCUUCUUCUGGAGCCCACGAAUGCGACGGUGAAAGCCCAAAAACCGGGAAAAUUCCGGAGGACGGCCCUGACGUUUUUCGGCGUCCGCCGAAGCAUCUGCAUAUUGCCGAGCUUCUUCGGAGGGAGGAGCAAAAAUCAGAGCAAGUGGGCCUCGAAAAAAGGCAUGGGCAAGAGCAAGACUCACGACGGGCUCAGUAAGGUCGGCCACGACGGAGACGCCUCGGCUGGAGAUUUCGAGUUCGGGAGCCAGAGGGCUGGAGAUCUCCACGGCGGCUGCCACCACGAAUGUAGUCACCCCGCCCCCGACCACAAGUCGCUCAGCCUCGGCCGGCAGAGGAAGGGUCUGCGGGGUCUUUUCCAAAGUUUUAAGCAUCACCGGAGCCAGAGAAACGACGGACAGGAGAAAACGGAGACGGCCCCGGCGUCCGCUCUCCUCUGCAGGAAAGAGGUGCCUGUUGCCCGGGGCAACGCCACUGAGUGCCUGGGACCCGAAGCCGACGUGCCUGAGUUUCUUCCCGACGUUGCGUGCGAAAUUCCCAUCGGCCUUGAAUGUAGCGGCGCGGGUGCAAUAGCUGUAGAAAACGGCGUGGAGCGAGAAAGCCCGAACUCCCAGCAGGACGAGUCGCCAAAUGAUGCGUGUUCCGGUGAACGGGAGGCCGCGUUCUGCCCGAGGCCCCGGGCGGCGCCCGAUCCCGACCCCGAUCCCGAACCGCCGCCCUGCGAGUCGCCCGCGGGCUCCGCCGACCGGCUGAACCUGCUCCUGGAGGACGUGGCGUCGCUGAAGAGCUUCGACUCGCUGACGGGCUGCGGCGACAUGACGGCGGAGCGGGAGGACGACAGCGUGACGGAGAGCAGCGUCUCCGGGGAGCGCAGCAGCCGCACCGGCGGGAAGAGGGCCUCCUGCUACCUCACCUACCAGGGCGGGGGCGAGGAGAUGGCCUCGCCCGAGGACCUGGACGAAUCCUGCCUGCGGGACUUCUGGGAAAUCAACGCGGAGGAGGAUGAAGAGGAGGAGGAGGAGAUUUGCUGUGGCUGUGACCCGGACCGGACCGAGCUGACCGGCUCCCACACCCUCAACAACAGCAGCACGCAGGCCGGUGUGGACUCGUCCUCCACCGCCGACGUUUUAACGCCUCAGAGCGAGCACCAGGAGUCGGUUCCCAACAGCGACGAGGGCUACUACGACUCCACCACCCCCGGGCCGGAGGAGGGGCAGGACAGGAGCGAGCGGCCGAGGCCCGGCCGAAUGGCCAGGGACAGCUACAGCGGAGACGCGCUCUACGAGCUCUUCGCCCCCGACGAGAGCCUCGUCAGCCCCCGAUACGAAAACACGCCCCAGCUCCCCGGUUCCAAACCGAGCGGCGACUUCUCCGCCGAACCCGUCGGAGCGGGAGACUCCGCCUACGUUCCCGAAAUGAGCCGCCUGCAAAUCGGCGCCGAGCUGUACGGAGAAGGCUUUCUGGAGUCGUGCGACAAAUCUCCGGAGCUGUCGCGGAGCUCCACAAUAUCGAAACCCCAGACGCCAUCGAGCAACAAUGGGGCGGAUCUCUACGAGGAAAACGGCGAGGGCGCCGACAGGAGAACGAGGCCGGAGACGCUCUGCAGCCCGUCGUUCGGGAGCACGUCGGACCCGGACUUCGAAACCUUCUGCGAGCCCAAAGAGGAGUCCCUGGAGGAGAACAAGCCGGUGGCGUUGCCCUACAGGAACGCCGGCCCCCAGCCUCCGGAGCGCGGCGGUUACCGGGACGACCGGCAGGCGGUGAGCUUCUCCCAGGCCCUGGUGGACUACACCAAACACACUCAGCAGAUGCUGGGCCUGGAGGCCAGCUCCGCCCUCACCCCCAACAUGGAGGCCCUGCCCGCCAUCGUCACGUUCGACGUGGUGGACAUGCACAACGAGGGCGAGUACGACGAGCAGAUCCACAUGGAGCUGGAGGAGGACAUUUCCUCGCCUUAUCAGGAGUUCGAGGAGAGCUACCUGCAGAAGGACGCCUUCGCCGAGUGCGAUUAUCAAAUGCUGGAGCUGUACGAGCAGAACCUGAUCAGCAACACGUGGGCCGUCGCCAGUCUCCCACGGCACCUCGGCCUCACCAAAGCCAGCCCGCCCAUGCCUCACCCGCUGUCCCUGGACAGGAGGAGCAGGUCUUUGGACACCGAGAGCCUUGAGCUGAAGAGGCCCGAGACGUACCGAGAUAACAGAGCGGCUACAGUUUCCCGCCCUCAGACCGAAAAGGACUCGGAGAGAGAAUCCCCGCCAUAUUACCAGAAGAAUGUAGUCGUGUCUGCGUCGGCGGUGGGAGACAGUAACAGCAUUAUGGCCUUAUCGUGGCAAACGAGGUCAGACGUGGCUCUGAGCCUCCCCCUGACGGACGGGGAAAUCACCGAUAAGGUGCAGAGUCUCGCUCAGACCCAGGCGAGGCGCGUGCCUUUCCCCCGCCCGACCCGCGGCCGGCCGGGGAACGGCCAAUCGGCGAGCCCCCCCCCCACCGCCGCCGUGCCGGGGGAGAGAGCGGCGCUCCUCAGGGAGGGCCGAACGUCCAGGGACGGGGCUCGCCCCCCGGCCUGCAGCACUCUUCCAGAGGCAGCCCUGAAAUAA